UCUUUACUACUUAAACCUGCUUGCUUUUUCCUUAAAAAGGAUGCAACGGUGCCGGCAUCACAGAGUGGCGAGACAGUAUUCAUCGGAGAGCGAAUCAGAGUCAGAAUCAUCAUCAACCUCAGUCUCGGUCUCAAGCGAGUGUCAAAGGGAGAGGAUGAUCGCGACGACGAUGAAGUGCCUGUCGUGCCAAGCGUCGUACGAGACACGUGACUCCGGCACGUGCAAAGAGUGCUACGAAGAGGCCAACGAGACCGAGGAGGAUCGCAAGAGAGAGAUCGAAGACUUGAAAGCCAAAGUCGCUUUUCUCAGGUUCUGGUCUCCCUUCGAUCCCCAACACCUCUCUAGGCCCAAUGGGCCUUGCUUCACCGACGUCGUUCUCGUUGCUUCCUCCGACGAUGGCUCCUCUUCUGGGCCCCCCAUCCCCGUCCCGGCCCAUAAGGCCGUACUGAUAAGCCGUUCCCCAGUGUUCAAAGCGAUGCUUGAGAAUGAGAUGGAAGAAAGCCGGAGUGGUACCAUCAAGAUUGGUGAUGUAUCGUAUGAUGCCUUACGCGCCUUUGUCAACUAUAUGUACACUGCUGAAGCAUGCCUUGAUGAGCAAAUGGCUUAUGACCUUUUAGUAUUGGCUGAAAAAUACCAGGUAAAGCAUCUCAAGGCUUAUUGUGAGAAGUUCUUGGUGUCGAAACUGAACUGGGAGAAUUCAAUGCUGAGCUAUGCCAUAGCACACCAGCACAAUGCCAAGCUUAUGCUUGAUGCAGCUUUGUCAGUGAUCACAGACAACAUGGAUAAGCUUACUAAACGGGAAGAGUAUGCCGAGCUGGUGGAGAAGGAUCCUCGGCUAAUAGUGGAAAUCUAUGAAGCUUAUCUCUCCAAACAGGUUAAUACUGCUGCCCACAAGGAUUCUUUGAUGAAGUCAUAGGCAAGUACUGGGUUUUCUUGGUAUGCUGAUCUGAAGCAAUGAUUAUUCUCCUGACUUGGGAUAUGAGUUCUUGAUCAUAAUUCAUCGUCUAGUGAAAUCUUUAUUGUGAUAAACUAAAAUCUUUUUGUUAGGCUGAAAAGGCAUUCUAAUGGUUUCUUGCACCCAAAUCUAAAAUAUUUCUAGCUUUGUUGAAAGAUUUGCUUUGCUCCAACUCUCAUCUUGUUGCAAGUCUUUUGUGAAUCAUUAGCGUAACUCUGAAACUAACCAUUUGUACAUCUCAUCUAUGAAAUGACAUGAAUGUUUUCUCUUGAAUGAUA